CUGUCUCGCUUACGUCGGCGAGUGAGGAACGAGACGGGCCUUCAGAGGAGCCGCUCUAGGAUUGGCUCUUUCGGGGCUCAGGGUGAGGGAGGGACGCAUGCGCAGCAGGGUCGGGACUGAGGCCUAGUCGUAGUUAAGUUACCCCGAAGCAUUACAGCGGGCCUGCUCUGAUUUGUAACUGGAGAGAAGAGAGAGACACGCACACACCCCAAAAGGAGGGGGCUACCCUGCACAGCCCAGAUCCAGAAGGGGAAAAAAUGAAGAGCAUCAGAAGCCUGAUCUGAACUGCAGAUCUGCCAGCGGGUGUCGUGUGAAGGCAACCGAAGCAAACACAAGGGUUUGCCAACCCAGCUACUACAGCGUGAGUUUGUCCCUUCCUGCUGAGCUGCACACCUGGUGUAUUAUUUAUCAGAGAAGGCUUGAGAAGAGCAUGUGCAAAAAUAGAAACGGGACAGACGGAAGCUAGAAAAGUCUCCUCCGGUUCGAUUAGAUGCCUCCCUCAAAUUUAUUACGCUUCACUGUAUCUUUGAUCCAACGGAGAACCUUCCCUUGGACACCAAGGCUUGGAGACGAACAUCUCUUGCUGCGCCAGUGCCUUGGACCGUACGUCCUUGAAGCAGGGAAGAAGAGCUGCAGCGAGCUGCUUCCUCUGAACGAAGCUGACUUGGAAGAACAGUUCGUCCGGGGCUUCGGGCCCGGAGGCCAAGCCACAAACAAAACCAACAACUGCGUGAUUCUGAAGCAUCUUCCUUCGGGGAUUGUCGUCAAGUGUCAUCAGACCCGGUCCCUCGAGACCAACCGGUCAAAAGCCAGAGAGAUCCUUCAGGAGAAAGUGGACGUUUUCUACAAGGGCGACUCCAGCGCUGUGCUCCAGGCGAAACGGGAGUUGCACAAAAAAAAGGAAGAGAAGAAACGAGAAGCCAAGAAAAACCUGGAAAGGAAGCGGCACUUGAAAGAAAUGCAGGCCCUGGAAGACAAAUAGGAACAGAAAAGUCUCGGCUAUCAUUGUUUAAAAUACGGGAUCUACUCUAACCAAUGUACAUUUCUGAUUUUUAAAAAACUGUGAUUCAGCAAAAAACAAUACAGUACAAUCGAUGCUUGAA